CCGGUCGUCGUCGUCUUCCCGUACGUCCUCUCCCCUGCUAGCUCUGUCUGUCUCUCUCGCUUCUAGCUUAUCACUGCUACUGCCAUCAGGUCGUCGUGCUCGUCUCCGGCGAGCUUAAUUAAUUAUUCAAUUAGCUCGUGCUCCUGUCGGGCUGUGGAGUAAUCCGGCCGGCCGUCCGGCGGCGAUGGAUGGCGGGAGUAGGCGGAUUCCGGCAAGCUCCGGUGGAGGAAGAUGAGCUGCCCGUAGCUUAGCUGAGCUAUAGCUGCUCUGGAUCGACCUCUGCUGCUGCUUCUUGGGCCUAGCUGAGGCGGACUGGCCGGCAGACCGACGAUCGAGACAGAUUUUUGCCAAGGCAAAGCAAAGGCAGUGCACAGAGCCAAAGCUACAGAGAUAAUGUUCAACCAGUUGCGGAUACUUGCCUAUCCUUUCCCGUGUAAAAACCUUAAAGGCUGAAUAAAGAUGGAAAUUUUGAUCCAGCGGAUUCCCCCUUUAGCAAAUCACUAGCGCAAGCACUAAAAAAGGAGUUCAGAAAACAGCCUUAUCUGAAGCCUGCUCUUCUGCUGCAAUCCACUACCACCUUAUCUCAUCAGAACUGGCCACGCCGUUGCUGUCGAUUUGCUUUUGCCCAGGCCAUGGAAGGAGCCAGUUACUAAUUCGCAGCCGAGGCGCGCCAAUGGAUCCCCAGACGUUCGUGAGGCUGUCAGUGGGGCAGCUCGGUCUGCGGCUCCCCGCCGGGAAGUCCACGGCGGGGCGCGCGUGCCACUGCGAGAUCCGGCUGCGAGGUUUCCCGGCGCAGACAGCCCCCGUACCUCUGCUGACAAACUCUUCAGAGCUCAUCCUCGACCCGCAUGGCGCGAACGCGGCGGCGGUGUUCUCCCUCGACGAGUCGGACCUGGCGGCGCUCUCGGCGCCGGGGUGCUUCAGCUUCCGGGUUCCCGCCGGGCCCUGCCUCGAGAUCGCCGUGUACUUGGGCAGCAGCCAUGUCGGCGGCGGGAUGGUGGCGAAGCGGCGGCGGCGGAGGCUGGUGGGGGUUGUCAGGGUGGGCGUGGGGCCGGAGUGGCGCGAGGGGAAGCCCGUGGUGCUCCGCCAUGGCUGGACGGCGGCGGGGGGCGGCGGGGAGUUGCAUUUGAGGGUGAAGGCGGUGGCCGACCCCCGGUACGUGUUCCGGUUCGAGGACGAGGUGGCGCUCAACCCGCAGGUGGUCCAGAUCCAUGGCCGCCAUUGCCAGCCCAUCUUCAGCUGCAAGUUCAUCCGCGCCGGCCGCCGGGCGUCGCAGGCUGAUGACUGGUCGAGUUGCUCUGAAGAGGAGGAGAAGGAGAUGGAGACGGCGAGGAGGAAGAGGAUGAGGGAGAGGAAGGGGUGGAAGGUGGCGGUGCACGACCUGUCGGGGACGGCGGUGGCGGCGGCGUUCAUGGCGACGCCGUUCGUGCCGGCGACGGGGCGGGACACGGUGGCGCGGUCCAACCCGGGGGCCUGGCUCAUCGUGCGCGCCGACACCACGGGGUCCUCGGACAGCUGGCAGCCGUGGGGCCGCCUCGAGGCGUGGCGGGAGGAUCCGCCGGCGCCGGGGACGAAGGGCAAGGACUCCGCGGCGGCGUGCCUGCUGCGGCUGCGGCUCCUCCCGGAGCAGCAGCGGGAGGACGCGUGCGUUCUGGUCUCGGAGACGCCGCUCAGCUGCGAGAAGGGCGGCGAGUUCUCCAUCGACAUGGACAGGCACUCCUCCUCCGAAGAACCGGAGGAAGAAGCGGCGGAGUACUGCGCGGCGGGCAUGGGCGGAGGGUUCGUGAUGAGCUGCAGGGUGCACGGGGAGGCGAGCGGCGGGCCGCCGGUGGUGGUGCGGGUGGCGGCGCGGCACGUGACGUGCAUGGAGGACGCCGCCAUGUUCCUCGCGCUCGCCGCCGCCGUCGACCUCAGCGUCAAGGCGUGCCGGCCGUUCCCGGGCAAGUCAUCGGCGCCGGCGGGCAAGACGAAGAAGAAGCUGGCUCUGGCAGCAGGCGCAGGAUCGUCGUCCCCCGACCCCCUCGACCUCGACACGUAGCAAGCGCCGGCCGCCGGGGACCCUCAGCUGACCGAAGCACCUGCUUGCGCCAAGCUCUUCAUCCAUGGCCACGGGAUUCUUCUAAACUCUCUGUAAAUCCAAGGAAGUGAACAGCUUUCGUUCGUUCGUUUGCGGUGCGUGCCCAUCAGAAAUUCACAACUCUCUACGCAUAUCUGAAUCUAAAGCUAAUUUCCGCGA